CACCUCGAUUGAGAUGCCACGGUUCCCUAUGAUUUGAUUGAAGGUGGAUUCAACGACGAACAAGCAGCCAGCCGGACGCCCAAUUCCUCGAACCAACACCCACCCAGCCAUACACCCGGCUGCUGCUCGGCUUUCGACGAGCACUUUCCGUGAUCCGAGUAUACAGACCCGUCGUUGCCGACUAUUCUUUGAGCAACUCUGCGCGAUCUCCAGUUGAUGCCGGGAGCCUGUUAGGCCUCGGGUCCCCUUAAGCCAAGAUGCAGGCCUCCUCGGGAAUGCUCACAAAGUUCGAGUCCAAGUCGUCGCGCGCCAAGGGCAUCGCGUUCCAUCCCAAACGACCAUGGAUUCUCGUGUCCCUCCACUCUUCCACCAUCCAGCUUUGGGAUUACCGAAUGGGCACCCUGAUUGACCGAUUCGAAGAGCACGAUGGCCCGGUCCGCGGUGUCGAUUUCCACAAGACACAGCCCUUAUUUGUUUCCGGCGGUGACGAUUACAAGAUCAAAGUUUGGUCAUAUCAGACACGCCGUUGUUUGUUCACCCUGAACGGGCACUUGGACUAUGUGCGCACUGUCUUCUUCCACCACGAGCUUCCCUGGAUCGUUAGCGCCAGCGACGACCAGACCAUCCGGAUAUGGAACUGGCAAAACCGCUCCCUGCUUUGCACCAUGACGGGUCAUAACCACUACGCUAUGUGCGCCCAAUUCCAUCCCAAGGAGGAUCUCGUCGUUUCGGCCUCGCUCGAUCAGACUGUCCGUGUCUGGGAUAUCUCCGGCUUGCGCAAGAAGCACUCCGCCCCAACCUCCAUGUCCUUUGAAGACCAAGUCUCCCGCGCCAACGCGAAUCAGACCGACAUGUUCGGCAACACGGAUGCCGUCGUCAAGUUUGUCCUCGAGGGUCACGAUAGGGGCGUGAACUGGGUCGCCUUCCACCCCACCAUGUCCCUGAUAGUCUCGGCGGGCGAUGAUCGCCUCAUCAAGCUGUGGCGCAUGAGCGAGACUAAGGCUUGGGAGGUCGAUACCUGCAGGGGCCACUUUCAGAACGCCAGCGGCUGCCUGUUCCACCCACACCAAGACCUCAUCCUCUCUGCCGGUGAGGAUAAGACCAUCAGGGUCUGGGACUUGAACAAGCGGACUGCAGUGCACACUUUCAAGCGCGAGAACGACCGUUUUUGGGUUAUUGCUGCACACCCUGAAAUCAACCUUUUUGCGGCUGGUCAUGACAAUGGUGUGAUGGUUUUCAAGCUUGAGCGCGAGAGGCCAGCAUCGGCAGUGCAUCAAAACACACUGUUUUACAUCACCAAGGACAAGUGUGUCAAGUCCUACGACUUCCAAAAAAAUGUCGAGUCGCCCACACUGUUGUCUCUUAAGAAGCUUGGAAGCCCCUGGGUGCCGCCGCGUACCCUGUCGUACAAUCCCGCCGAGCGCUCCGUCUUGGUCACAUCCUCGGCGGAUGGCGGCACAUAUGAGCUGGUUAACCUCCCCCGUGAUGGCUCCGGUGCGAUCGAGUCAGCCGAAUCCAAGCGCGGCCAGGGCCACUCUGCCAUUUUUGUGGCCCGCAACCGUUUUGCCGUCCUGAACACGUCCACGCAGACUGUGGACAUCAAGGACUUGACCAACAAUACGACGAGAUCAUUCAAGCCCCCUGUUGGAACGAGCGAUAUUUACUUUGGUGGAACAGGCAAUCUCCUCAUCAUCACUCCAGCGGCCGUACACCUCUACGACAUCCAGCAGAAAAAGACGACUGCUGAGCUCGCAGUCAAUGGUGUCAAGUACGUCGUGUGGUCCAACGAUGGACUCUACGCUGCCCUGCUUAGCAAGCACAAUGUCACCAUUGUGACCAAGACUUUGGAGCAGGUCAGCACCCUGCACGAGACGAUUAGGAUCAAGAGCGCCACCUGGGACGAUGCUGGUGUGCUCCUGUACUCCACCCUUAACCACGUCAAGUACACCCUCCUCAACGGCGACAAUGGCAUUGUCCGGACGCUCGACCAGACCGUGUACCUCGUUCGCGUCAAAGGUCGCAAUGUCUAUUGCCUUGACCGCGCCGCGAAGCCUAGGAUUUUGCAGAUCGACCCAACCGAGUACCGCUUCAAGCUCGCCCUCGUCAAGAGGAACUACGAGGAGAUGCUUCACAUCAUCCAGAACUCCAGCUUAGUCGGCCAGUCGAUCAUCUCGUACCUGCAAAAGAAGGGUUAUCCCGAGAUCGCGCUCCAAUUCGUCCAAGACCCUGCCACACGAUUUGAGCUUGCCAUCGAAUGCGGAAACCUGGAGGUCGCAGUCGAGGUGGCGAAACAGCUCGAUCGCCCCAAGCUCUGGACGAGGUUAAGCACCGAGGCGCUUGCUCAUGGCAACCAUUCCGUGGUCGAGAUGUGCUACCAAAAGCUCAAGCACUUUGAUAAGCUCUCGUUCCUGUACCUCACCACCGGCGACAACACGAAGCUGGCCCGGAUGGCCAAGAUCGCCGAGCACCGUGGAGACUUCACCUCGAGGUUCCAGAACGCUCUGUAUCUCGGCGAGGUUGAGGACCGCAUCCAAAUGUUCAAGGAAAUUGAUUUGUAUCCCCUGGCGUACAUGACCGCAAAGGCGCACGGCCUGGAUGAGGAGUGCCAGUCCAUCCUCGAAGCGACCGGCCUCACAGAAGACCAGCUCAACCUUCCGACUUUUGGCGAGCCGCUCACACCUCCCAAGCCUGUUGUACCCACCUAUCAAGCCAACUGGCCUACCAAGGCCACUUCGCAAUCCUUCUUCGAGAAGGCGCUCUUGGGCCAGAUGGAGGGUUUGUCACUAGAGGAAGAGCCCGCUGCGGCCAACGGGUUGGGCGAAGCUGAAGAGGAAGGUGCUGCCAAGCGGGAAACCCUCGGUGAGGCCGAGGAGGAUGAGGAUGUCGCUGGCUGGGAUAUGGGCGAGGACGUUGUUGCCGAGGUGGAGGAAGGCUUCGUCAACGUGGAGAGCGCUGAUGCUGGCGGUGCCGGCAGCAGUGAAGCAGAUCUAUGGGCCCGUAACUCCCCGUUGGCGGUCGAUCAUGUUGCCGGCGGCUCGUUCGAGACUGCCAUGCAAUUGCUCAACCGUCAAGUCGGCGCUGUCAACUUUGCGGCUCUAAAGCCCCGGUUUCUGGAGGUUUACCAGGCAUCCAAGACGUACCUCCCGGCGUCCGCUCACCUGCCACCUCUCAUCAACUACGUCCGUCGGACCGUUGAGGAGUCAGACCCGAGGAAGGUUCUGCCUAUCAUCCCGAGGGACCUGGAAUACUUGGCAUCCAACGACCUGCAGCGCGGUUAUGCUGCUAUGAAAGCAAACAAGCUGGAGGACGGUGUGAAGAUCUUCAAGGGAAUCUUGCACGCGGUACUCAUCAACGCCGUGGGCAACGAAAGCGAGGUUGCCGAAGCCAGGAAGCUGAUCGCCUCAGCUAGUGAAUACACUGUUGCCAUGUCCAUAGAGCUGGCCAGGAGAUCGCUCGGCACGGAUGAUGUGGUCAGCAAAAACCCGCAGCUCCUUAAGCGGAGUUUAGAGCUGGCGGCCUACUUCACCAUUCCCAAGAUUGAGGUGCCUCACCGCCAGCUGGCGCUGCUCAGUGCUAUGAGGAUGGCUAUGCUGGCCAAGAACUACAACACGGCGUUGAGCUUCGCAAACAGGAUACUGGCGAACGGAGGCGCUGCCAGCAUUUUGGAUAAGGCCCGUAAGACAAAGGCUCAGUGCGAACGCAACCCCAAUGACGCGGUCGAGAUUGAGUUUGACCAGUUCGCCGAGUUCGAGAUCUGCGCGGCCAGCCACACGCCCAUCUACAGCGGCACCGCGUUCGAAGAGUGUGCGUUUGAUGGAUCCAAAUAUCACACCAAGUACAAGGGCACAGUGUGCGCCGUGUGCGAGGUUUGCGAGGUGGGCAAGCACGGCAGUGGCUUGAAGCUGUUUGCUUGAGGUGAGAAUGGAUGGACAAAGUAAUGCCAUGACGAAGAGGCGCCUGAUGAAUCGCGGCCGACGAUCCUCCUCGGGAGCUUCAAGGAGAGGAAAAGUCUGGAGGUUUAAAUAAUUGAUUAUGGCGAGGCGCGCAUGCCUUUUCUCUGGUUUGGUGAAGUAUGAGUUUAGUGUUUUUAUUGCAAAGAAGUAGCACUUGACCAAAACAUCUGAACUUGAUCCUACAACG